UUACAUUGUGCAGCACGCGGCAGUGUGGCGGCCAGCGCGCGUCUGCGCGAGCUUCAUGGGAGACCGACACACUGCGCUUUCCAGCUCGCGAAAGUUCGUUCCAGGGUCGCCGUUAAAGUUUUCAAAACUGUCCGUUGAGAAACCACUGCUUCCCCGGUUGUCAUAUCGACAUGCAGGAGUCCAAGACCGAUCAAACAACCAAUAGCGGUCCAGCUGGUCAGGGAGGUCAGAGCUCAGAGAGCGAGAAGAGAGUAACCAGAGAAACAUCUCCAUCACCGUCAGCCACAGCCCAGACUCUUCAAUCACAGGUGGCUGUAUCAGUGGGGAUGAUCACUCCUCAGGCCAUCACCCCUCAGCAGAUGCAGCAGAUCCUCCAGCAGCAGGUCCUGAGCCCCCAGCAGCUCCAACUGUUACUGCAGCAACAACAGGCCCUGAUGUUACAGCAGCAACAGCUUCAGGAGUUCUAUAAGAAACAGCAGGAAGAACUCCACCUGCAGCUCCUGCAGCAACAUCAUGCUGGGAAACCCAGUAAAGAGCAGAUGAUGGCCCAGCAGAUGGCUAUACAGCAGCAGUUACUAUCCGUUCAACAGCAGCACCUGCUCAACCUGCAGAGACAAGGACUGUUGUCUGUCCCGUCAGCUCUCACUGGUGCACUGCCUCAAGGUUUGAUCCCUGCUGAGCUUCAGCAGCUGUGGAAAGAGACGGCAGAUGCACGGCAGGAGGAGAAAAGUAGAGGAGACAAGUCCCCCUCUCCUCCCAAAACUCAGACGCUCAACCACCACUCCAGCACUAAUGGACACCAUGUGCACCGGCCCAGCCGGAGAGACAGUUCUCAGGAGAGUCAUUCCCAGAGCGCCCAUCCUUUAUACAGCCACGGCGUAUGCAAGUGGCCAGGCUGUGAUGCCGUGUUCGGAGACUUCCAGUCAUUCCUCAAGCAUCUGAACAGUGAACAUGCUCUGGAUGACAAGAGCACAGCGCAGUGCAGAGUUCAGAUGCAGGUGGUUCAGCAGCUGGAACUGCAGCUCGCUAAAGACAAAGAUCGUCUCCAGGCCAUGAUGGCCCACCUCCAUGUCAAGUCCACUGAGCCCAGACCUGCCCCUCAGCCAGUGAAUCUGGUGUCCAACUUCACGCUUGCCAAGGCAACCAUUCCCAAAACCAGUCCCACUAUGAGUCUUUCCCAGAGUGCCACAGCCCCGUCUACACCCCUCACGUCACUCCCCCAGAUGCCCUCUGUCAUCAUACCCACCAGCCUGCACAGCAUGGGUCCCAUCCGCAAACGCUACUCUGACAAAUACAACAUAGCCAUGGACCAAGAUAUUGUGCAGAAUAAGGAGUUCUACCUGAGUGCUGAGGUCAGACCUCCAUUUACAUAUGCAGCUUUGAUCAGGCAGGCCAUUUUGGAGUCUCCUGAAAAGCAGCUAACACUAAAUGAAAUCUACAACUGGUUCACUCGAACAUUUGCCUAUUUCAGACGCAAUGCUGCAACGUGGAAGAAUGCAGUUCGCCACAACCUCAGUCUUCACAAGUGUUUCAUACGAGUCGAGAAUGUGAAGGGGGCUGUUUGGACUGUGGACGAGCUGGAGUUUCAGAAAAGAAGGCCACAGAAGAUCACUGGGUACUUGCAAAUCUCAUUGUGCAGAUUUAAUUCUUCUGAGGUCACUGUUCCUAAUGAUGCUGAUAUCUGUUUCUUCAGAUCACCUCUGGCGAAGAACAUCCAGUCCAGUCUGGGCCAGAGUCCUUCCCUGUCUGCUCUGCAGGCAGCGAUGGUGGACAGCAGUCUGCCCCUCUACGGCUCGGCGUCCAUGGGAGCGUCCAGUCUGAAGGCUCUGGCCAGUGCACUGCAUGAGGACAUGAGUUCUCACGAUCAUGACGAAGGCUCCCACAGCGACUCCAGCCUGGAGCUCUCUCCUGCGCCCACACUCCAUCAGUCUCAAAUUAAAGAGGAGCAGAUGGAGGCCGAAGACUAUAAUGGCUCCAUGUCUCCGGAGACAGAAGACCAGCACAGUCCAGACACCAACCACAGCGAGAAGUACACCGAAGAGCAGGACUCUGCCUGCCAGCCGGGAUUCUCCUCGUCACCUCACUCAUACCACUAGUGAGAUCCUCGCCCGUCCAUCGGCCCUCCUUUAUCUGACCUGUGCACCAUCAAACUCUGAGAAAGCUGAUGCUGAAAACUUACAGCUGCAACUUUUCCUUUUGGGAACAACCGUUUAUUUAUUGUUUAAUGUACCUGUUUCUGUUGUAUGCAAUGGUUUGACCUCACUGGUACUAAAGGGCUCACCCAUCAGCUUGCGGAGGACAAAAGAGGGCGCUGUAGGCUACACAUCAUCUUUGGUUUGUUAUAAAUUAAACACUACGGCACCUGAACUCAAUCAACUGCUUACCUGUAAGGGAAGAUGGUUUCCCUGUCAACUGAGGAAGAUUCAGUCCUAUCAAUUUUUAAGCUGUCUGUGAUAUAUUUAGCUGUCCACAAGAUCUGUUCAGUGCAGCUGUGAAUGCUGAAUGAAAAGCUCUGUAUUGUAAAUGCAAGUUUGAAUCACCUCUGCCUGAGAUACUGUAGGGUUAGUCGCCAGUUCAAGGGGCGCUGAGAAUAUUUGGAUGGGCGGCCCAGUGAGGCUGUAACAUAGAGGACCUGACGAUGGCCCCGGUUGCUGUGAUGGUAACAUGUCGCCUUAAAUUUUGGGCUGCUUAUUGGUAGAAUGGAAAAUUAAAUUGUGAAUGUCUAUCUUUUUUACCUCUGUUUUUUCCAGAUAAAAACAAAACCAAAGGGGAACAUUUUAUAAACAGCACUUGAUGAAUGUUUUUUUUUUUUUUUCAAUCUUAGUUUUUGAUUUGUUUUUCACUGUGUACAGAAGGUUACUGUAUUUUCAUUAUCCAAAACAUUUACCCAAACAAAAGUCCCAAUCAUCCGAUUACUAGUAAAGCUGAACCAAACACUUUCUUCCAUAUUUGAGAAGAGUGAAAAAAAAA